UCCUUUUCUUGGCUGCAGUGGCACUCCCCACUGAUGCACUCAAUUCUUUCGUUCCUCACGACUUCGAUUUUUUGGUCAGCUUUUCCAAUUUUCUUCAACGAUCGAUUGAGGUUCGCGUUAAAAAUACCCGUAAACCCAUUUAAGUGAUCCAAAUGGACUCCACGGUCAUGGUGGCACUCUUUCUUUCCCUUGCUGGUGGACUCAGUACGUGUAUAGGGGCUCUUUUCGUUAUCUUAACUCGCACUCCCAAUCUGAAGAUUCUAGGCCUUCUGCAGGGGUUUGCUGCUGGCCUGAUGCUGAGCAUUUCUUUCUUAGACUUAGCACAUAAUGCCAUAAAUGCAGUUGGUUUCUUGAAAGGAAACCUUUGGUUCUUUUCAGGUGUAUUAUUAUUUGCUCUUCUUGUCAAGUUCAUCCCAGAACCAACACUUACACCGAGCAACAGAGAUGUAAAAUGCAAAAAGAAAGAUGAUGGAGAUGAGAGGGACCUAGUGAAGGAGCAAAAACGCCAAGUACUUUUUAGUGGGAUCAUCACAACAAUUGGCAUAAGCUUGCACAAUUUUCCUGAGGGGAUGGCAGUUUUCCUUGGAUCAAUUAAGGGACUUCGUGUUGGCAUUAACUUGGCACUGGCUAUUGCUUUGCACAAUGUUCCUGAGGGUGUUGCUGUUGCGCUUCCUGUUUAUUUUGCAACGGAAAGCAAAUGGCAGGCUUUCAAACUGGCAGCACUUUCUGGUUUUGCUGAGCCUUUAGGUGUAAUUCUUGUAGCUUAUCUGUUCCCAAGCAGCCUUUCACCAGAAAUUUUGGAAGGUUUACUGGGAUCAGUUGGGGGAGUGAUGGCUUUUCUCACCUUGCAUGAGAUGCUUCCCAUGGCAUUUAAUUAUGCAGGUCAAAAACAAGCUGUCAAGGCUGUUUUCUUGGGAAUGGCUGCUAUGUCUGCCAGCCUACAUUUCUUGGAGGUCAGCGUCCCGAAGGAGGUGAGCUUGUAGCAAGGCAGACAGCCAGACACUACAUCUGUACAGAAACUUUUGUGCUUGAUUUGGCUUCAGCUCAACGUCAUUCUUUACAUGUUGACUUGGGAAAAUGCUUCUCCUGCUUGGUUCUAAAAGCCAAACCUGCUUUGUAAUGUUCCAUAUCAAUAAAUUGUGAAUUACCAGACAGGGCCUGGAUUAUGAAUAGCCGACUCCAGGUUAUGUGGACAGUAGCUCAUUCAUUUUGGUGACGGAUUAGGUGUCAAAUUUGGACUUUGGUUAUCACAGCUAGCCCUUGAAGAAUGGCUCCAUGUGUCAGUGGAAGACAUGCAGUGUAUCCAUAUUAGAUUUGAAUAUGUAGUAGUUCAUCACAAUCGAGGCCUCACUGGACCGAGUAAACCGCAUUCAGGUUUAAUAAGGGGCUCUGGAGACACCUGGUCUUUGUUCAAAAAAAUUUGUCUGUAUGCGUGUGCAUAUAUCCGUGCAUGUGUGUGGAACAAUUUUGAUUUUAAUCGGAACCUCUGCAAGGACCCAGUAAAAAAUGGAUCAUACCCGGUUCUCUUUC